AUGGUUUUGUUAGUGUAUGUAGAUGACAUUUUAUUAGCUAGUAAUGAUGCUACUACUAUAUCAGAUUUCACUUCCUUUUUGAACUCCAAAUUCUGUCUUAAAGGUUUGGGACCAACCAAAUUUUUUCUUGGCUUGGAAGUUGCUCGAAGCAAGCAAGGUCUUUCUUUGUCUCAAAGAAAAUAUACUCUGGAAAUACUUCAAGAUACUGGAUUUUUAGCUGCCAAGCCAGCUCAUUUUCCUAUGGAUUCUAAUCUCAAGUUGUCCCGGGAUAAUGGAUCACUUUUGGAAGACCCGACUUCUUAUCGUCGGCUCAUUGGUCGUCUCUUGUAUCUAACAAUUACCAGACCUGAUAUUACCUACUCAGUGCAGGUACUGAGUCAGUUUAUGAGUUCUCCUCGUCAGCCUCAUCUUGAUGCCGCUCAUCGUAUUCUUCGGUAUCUUAAGAGUGCUUCUGGUCAAGGUCUUUUUUAUCCAGUUGUUUGUGACUUGCAACUCAAAGGCUUUUGUGAUAGUGAUUGGGUUGGUUGCAUAGAUAGUCAGAGAUCUACUACUGGAUAUUGUACAUUUCUUGGCGAUUCCCUUAUUUUAUGGAAAUCCAAGAAACAAUCCACUAUAUCUCGGUCUUCAGUUGAAGCCGAAUACAGGAGCAUGGCAUCUACUUCUUGUGAGAUUAUCUGGCUUCUCUCAUUGUUACGUGAUUUUGCUGUUCCUCAUUCACAGCCUGCCUUACUGCUUUGUGAUAGUACUGCUGCUCUCCACAUUGCAGCCAAUCCGGUCUUUCACGAGCGCACAAUACACAUUGAGCUAGAUUGUCAUUUCAUCCGUGAGCAUAUUCAGAAUGGUGUUAUUCGUACUAUGCAUGUUACUAGCCAUCAUCAGCUUAGGGAUGUUUUUACGAAGGCCCUUGGUUGUGCUUUGUUUACUUUUUUAAUUUCCAAGAUGAAUUUCCUUAAUAUACAUUCAUCUUGA